AUGGCUGGCGACAUAAAGCAGUUGCAGUUACAAGUCUUUGGUGACUCUCAGUUGGUGAUCAAUCAACUCUUGGGAACCUACGAAAUCAAGAAGCCCGAAUUACUCCCCCAUCAUAGUUGGCCAUUUGACGCUUGGGGGUUAGACGUCAUUUGUCCGUUGCCGAAAUCCUCUGGUGGACACUUAUACAUCUUGGCUGCAAUCGACUACUUCUCAAAAUGGGCCGAAGCUGUCUCUCUUAAAGAAGCGAAUAAGGAGAAUGUUGCGAACUUCAUCCGAGUAAAUAUCAUCUACUACUUCGGCAUUCCUCGUUACAUAAUAACGGACAAUGGCAAACCAUUUGAUAACAAAUUGAUGAAUAAGAUUUGUGAUCUCUUCGGUUUCAAGCAGCGUAAAUCUUCUAUGUAUCAUGCUGCUGCCAACGGUCUAGCUGAAGCAUUCACUAAGACUCUAUGUAACUUGUUGAAGAAUGUAGUCUCCAAGUCCAAACGAGAUUGGCAUGAACGAAUGGAAGAAGCUUUGUGGGCAUAUAGGACGACUUACCGCACACCAAUGCAAGCAACCCCAUACUGGCUUGCUUAUAGAGUUGAAGUUGUUUUACCACUUGAGCGCCAAAUACCUUCUUUACGACUUGCUAUUCAAGAAGGGCUCACCGAAGAGGAAAGUGCUCGAUUGCAUCUUGUAGAGUUAGAAGCACUUGAUAAGAAAAGGCUGGAGGCUCAACAAAAACUUGAAUGUUAUCAAGCCCGUCUAUCUCGUGCCUUCAACAAAAAGGUGCGUUUGAGGUCUUUCCAAGUUGGAGAUCAAGUCCUUGUAGUAAGAAAACCCAUCAUCGUUUCCCAUAAGUCUGGGGGCGAAUUCACCUCAAAAUAG